AUGGCAGCGUGCACUGCCCAGUGCGCCGCAGGUGGAGAGGCAGCGAGAGCUCAGACGGCGGGCCGGAGCAGCCCACAGCCUGAGGGCGUCCCCUCUCUUGUUCCUCAGGGGUCCCCUGCAGGAGAGGCUGUUACCUACAGGUGGUCAGGGGGAGCCCUCGUGCAGACAGCAGCAGCAGCUGCUGCUGCAGUAGCAGCAACACCCGCACCAGCAACUCCAGCAGCUUCAGUGUGCGAGGCAGCUGUAGCAACGGCGAAGGCAGCAACACAGGCAGUGCUCCCCGCCGCUAUUGCGGCUGCUACUGCUGCUGCUGCUGCUGCUGCUGCACGCAGCGCGCCUUUGGGGUCUCUGCAGCAGCUAAUUGAAGAAGCCGAGGAGGCCGUCGCCCUAGAGGCUCUCUCGGGGGCCCCUGGGGUGUCCGUACCCAAGGGGGCCUCCGACGUCUCCCGCUACAUGCUGACUCCUGCUGUGAGUACCCACGGCGCUCUGCGGGUGCCCGCAGGCCCGCAGGACCAGCGAGGGGCCCCCAAGGCCUCACGCUUAAGCGCAGGAGCAGCAGCGCCGCAGUGGGAAGCUGUGGAGGCACAGAGCACAAGGAGUGUCUUGGGGACUGCCCGCAGCGAGGGGGGCCCCUCUCUGCAGGUUGGAUGUGCCCUGGAGCCCCUUGGGGCGCCCGCCGCCAGAGACUUAGGGGCCCCCACAGGGGGGCCCCCACAUGCGGAGGGACCCUUCACCAUGCACUCCCUUAAGCUUCGCCCCGGCACCCCGGUUACAGGCAUCCCAGCGCCUACCUCGGGGCUCUCCCAGACACUUCCCUUGCUGCUUGAGGGAGGCCAACAGCAGCAACAGCAACAACAACAGCAGCAGCAGCAGCAGCAAACACAAACGCACCGAGGGCUCCUAGGGAGACCCAGCCUCUUGGGGGCCCGCAGCAGGCUGGGCCUUGACGGGGAAAAAGUCCCUGGCAGUGUCCUCCCAGCGGAGCCCCUGCCGCAGCAGCCGCUGGGGGGCCCUUGCAGAAGGGUCCCCGGGUCGUAG